AGACUCUAGGAAACAAGCUGAGACCGAGAGGAGUAAAAAUGUGACUGAGAUAGCGGCUAAGACAAGACAGGUAGAAGAGCUCAGCCAAAAGCUUGAAAUCUUGCAAUCAAAAGUUGAGACGCGUGACAAAGAAAACGAUGAGCUCCUCAAGCAAAAAGAAGAGAAGCAAAACGAAAAUCGACAAACUUCAACGUCAGCUUCUAAAAUAUCAAGCUGUGGCGGUUAAACUCGGUCUCCACGUGACACAGCUCCAACAGACCGAGGACGAACUUCGUGGACACUUGCGCUUUCUUGAAGAUCAAAAGACAGCCUUAGAAAACAAUGUGACUGCACUUCAGCAGGAGAAGGAAACUCUACAGAUACAAGUGAUGCAAGCUGUGACAGAAUAUGAGAAAGUGAGGAAACAGGCCGACACCCAGGGUACUUACAUCAACCAACUUACAGAUGCCUAUCAGGUGAUGCAGAGAGAGGCGAUGAUGCACCAAGAAGACGCCGACAGAGGUCGACAUGACGUCCAGACCCUUGAAGCUCAGCUACAAGAAACAUGGGAGCUCGUGCAGUCACGUGACACAAGCAUUGUUCAAUUGCAAGAAAGUCUGGAGGCUGCGAGCACACGGCAUCAAGACCUGGAGAGCGUGCUGCGCGCCCGGAGCGUGGACGUGUGGCGGUACCAGACGGAGGUGGAGGAAGGCAGAAAGAUAAUACGCAUAUUGGAGGGAAAGCUAAGGCAGCAGAGCUGAGAUGUGCAUGAAGUCUUGCAUCACAAGGUAAGAGCAAUUAAAAAACAAACCAGAAAACUGCAAGAUUUGAUAAUCAGAAGAAAACAUCAAAAAGCGAGAAGACGUGAACCAGACGAAACAGGCAGGAAAUAAUAACAAUUGCGGGACAGAUACACCUGGACCCAAUGGCGAUGUACAAUAUUAAAUCGGAGAAAAUAUAUUUGUGAGACAGGAGUCAAUAGAAUAUCUGUGCGACAGUGAGCGCAUUAUGAUGAACCUUCGUCUUCUCAAGAAAACAUAUUUUUUAUCAAUUAAAUAAAUGUUCUGGGUACAACAUCUACUGGGUCUUGUGUAGCGCAAAAAUCUCAAACACAGUUUGUCAUGCAUGAACGCGUCCUUUAGGCAAUAUUGUCAACGGUUCGUCAGUUGGAGGAAUUUCAAUGACUGGGUAAAAGUGCACAAUCCUGUUUCCAACGAUUUGCGGCUUCAAACAUUUCACACAGCCCGAGGUCAAACUCGUGAGGUCACGACACGCCCACUUCACAUUGCUGCUGGCUGAACACUUACAACAUAAACAAGUCCAUGUAUACUUUGAAUGUCUAUGCUAUUGACUUCUGUCUGUGAUGUGUGUUGGUAUUUGGAGAAAGAAAAAGGCGUAGUCACCUACUGGACUUAGUCCAGACUGUCACUAACGAUUCGUAUGUACAGGGAUCAAAGCAGGUGUAGCCUGCAACUGUGACAGGUGUGUUUCACAAGGCAGGUGUGGAGAAGGUGACAUUUAUGUAUGUAUGUCACAUGAAGGGCGAACACAAUAUUAUACAGUCAUACACACCUGAAGGAAAGACAAGGACAUCCUAUCCCUUUGCCUCACAGGGUCUAUUAUACAUGUGAUUAAAACAUUUCCUUCCUUCUCUAGCUUUGGUCGUUAAACAAUCUCGUACAUCAUUGUCUGUACAUACAACACGAUUUCUUCUUAAGAGCAAACUUUCUGAUGUGUAUAUAAGGUAAAAAAUGUUUAUAUAUUAUAUACAGAUUACUAAUUCUACGGAGUCCUCUUUGCACUUCCUUUGACAAUAACUUGUUUAGUACCUACUGAUGUAUAUGUACAUAUUAUAUCUUAUAAGUAUAUGUACUGUAGGUACAAACUUUACCUAGUAUGCUGGUUAGUUAUAUACUCCUAUAUUACUUUUGGUUACCUUUCUUACCUUAUCAUUAAAGAUAAUAAUAAUUUUGUUGAUGAUUCCUUGUGUAUACACUAUUCAAUAAAUUUACAAAGAAAGGACUAUUUUGCU